AAUCAAUCUUCAAUAAUGGUUUUGGGUUCAUUUUUUGUUUGUUUUCAAAUUACAGAAUUCCACCUGUCCAGUAUGCAUGGUUCACCAUUUUCGAACCACUGUUGUUCCUUCCGAGGAUUCGACAAAUAAGGAGAGGAGAUAUAUUAUAGCGCUUCAAGUGAGAAAACCGCGAAGCUUACGGUGUCAUUUGAAAUUACACAAAAACACGAACACGUAGAAAAUUCAAGCCGCUCUCGCGUAUGGCACGGCGGUGGUAUUAUUGAGUUGGAGGUUAAGGUGACUUUUCCAACUCAUUGGAAAACUUUUACAAUAUUGAGGUUCUAUGGUAGUGAUUUAAUAAUGACGUCGUUUGUUGCUAAUGUCUUAGUAUCAGCAGGACAACCAGAAAAAAUGGAUUUGAAGGAAAAAAUUUCAGAAAUACAAAAGGAAAUAGCAAAAUUGAAAAACAAUGUGAAAGACUUUAUCGAUGAUAAUUAUAUUGAGUUUGUACCAACUUUGAAAAAGGACCAAGCAUUGGUAGUCAAAGCUCAAAAAUUGGUUAAUGAAAUGACAAAUUUGGAGAUACGGGUCCGUGAACAGAUCAAAAUUGAACUUUCCGAUUCAACACGCGAAUUGAAAGAUUUAUCGAAUGCUCUGAAAGAAUCCAGCCUCAGUCUGCACAUGUCGAGUCAGCUUUUGGAACUCAGUGAAUCUUUGAAAAUCGUUGAGACUCACAAGAAGGAGAAGCGAUAUGUGAAAGCUGCAAAAACGUUGCAAAGGAUAAAUGAUCUUCUGGAGGCUCCGCAGAAUGAUUUGAAAAGUUUGAAUAUAUAUGAUUCCAUGAAAAGUGAAUAUUCCAUUUGUAACGGAAAGUUUUUAAGUGACGUUGGAACAUUGUGGAAGAAAUACGUAUUGUGGCAAAAAAACACGGAACUUGGUAAAAAGUCAACAAGUUUAACAAUAGAUUGCGAUCCGGAGGAGAUUCAAGAACUCAUCAGAUCUUUACACUAUGUCGGGAGCCUCGACUCACUAGUUGCAAAGUUUGCGGAGGAUCUGAUGAAAUAUGUCAUCUUUCCUGUUGUCAAUUAUAAUGAAACUUUGAUCCGUGUCACUGAUGAAACAAUUUUCACGGUUGAGGAGGGUGAUAAGAAAAAAAAGCCAAUUUACAAAAGUGUCUUGUACUAUUCAAAACUCUUGUUCCAAUUUUUACUCCAACAUUUGGAUGUUACGGCUGAGAAUAAUGAAAGAUUCAUUGUUCUUUUGAGAAAACACUUGCUGGAGCCGCUCUCAAAAAUACUUAUAAAGGAUUGUAUUGCUGACACUAUUCCAAGCACUAGCACGGAGUUACAAGACUUUGAACAAGUUAUGAGAGACAUCAAUGAAUUUCAGGAUUAUUUGCUUCAAAUUGGUUUCAUUGAAUCUGACCAAUUGUUUUUGUCGGAUUACACGAAAAAUGUUGACCACUUGUUUAUCGAAAAAACAUGUCAGGGACUACUGGCUAAGGCAAUCUCAAUUUCACAAAAAGAUCUUCAUGAUUCUUUUAGGCACGAGCCGGAGGAACCCCUGAUACUUCACGAUGAACAAUGCGACAACGACAAUGACAAAAUCAAUCGGAAAUUGAGCAAACACACAUUCCAAUUACCUGCCUGCCAAAUUAGCAAAAGCGCUAGAGAUAUACUGAAUCUUGCGAAAGAAAUUCUGGAUGAAGCGUGCAGGAGUUCCGAAGCUUGCGCGAUUAGAUUAUUUUAUACCAGUAGAAAUGUAUUCGAAAUAUAUGUGAGCACUGUUCCUGAAUAUCAUAAGAAAUUCCUCGAGACUAUUCCUCAACAAGUGGCUCUGUUCCAUAACAACUGCAUGUACUUGGCUCACAAUCUUCUCUCAUUGGCAUACGAGUACAAAGACCGUUUACCAACUCACGUCCAAAAACACAAUAUCACGUAUGCGGAUCAGACGUUGAUAAUGCGAAAAGUUGGCACCGAAUGUUUUCUGAAUCACAUGAAAUAUCAAAGAAAUAUUAUUAUAGGAAUUAUUCGCGAAUCGGGACUAGCGCAACUGGCGUCAACGCCCGAAUUACCACCGAGCACCGAACGAGAAUUACGACAAUGCAUAAGACAAUUGGAAUUGUUGAAAACCGUUUGGAUGGACGUUUUGCCCAUCAAUAUUUAUUGUCGUGCCGUGGGUUGCAUAGCGAAUUCCAUGGUAGAGGAUCUUGUGAUGAAAGUUAUCACAGUUGAGGAUAUUUCAGCUGACGUUGCGACGGAAUUGGUGACCCUGUUUGGAAUGAUCGUUACGAGAACACCGUCAAUAUUUCCGGAACCGAACACGAUUCAACGCCACGUCACCAAAUGGUCGAAGCUCACAGAACUUAUAAAAGUGCUAGAAGCUUCUCUGAAAGAAAUAGAAGAUCGAUGGGCUGAUGGCAAAGGGCCACUGGCCAAUGAAUUUACAGCCAACCAAGUGAAACAAUUAAUAAGAGCUCUUUUUCAAAAUACCGAGCGUCGCUCCAAUCUCCUCGCGAUAAUAAAAUAAAUCACUUUUUCAUUUCCAUCUGGUAUCAUUGCUAUUGAAUAAAAAUCAUUUUUAUUA